UAGAAUUACACGUUACGAACUGUCAUUCGUUCAUCUUGCGAUAUGAUCAGAAGAUACUUACAUGAUACACGUGUGCAUACAUUACGUGUGUAUUGUUAAGAGGUUUUGAUAUAUUAUUGUAGAAAAGUAUAACUGAAAAACUAUUAUAAUUUGUUCAAUACUUAACGCACAAGAUGAAAAUUUUAUUGCUCUUUACUCUAUUCGCAUUAGCUAUUGCUCGAUUAGCGGAAUCCAAAGAAGUUGAUCUAAAGCAUUUAAAAUGUUUAGUUUGUAGAGCAACUAUAGAAGAACUUGAAAACGAAGUGCUCAAAUCUAACCCAGACAAAUUAGUCGACGUAAGUAAUUUUAGAAUGGAUGCUGAGGGAAAUACUAUAAGUAGAAAGGUUCCAUUAGGCCGAUCGGAAACACAUAUUUCAAUUUUGCUAGACAAUAUAUGUAGUAAGUUGAGUGAUUAUGUGAGGGCGACGAGGAAGUCGGACAAUCAGUUAGUGAUCUUUAAUCUUCUAUCUCCAUCGGGUGGUAUGAACCCUAUGAUGAGCGAAGUAGAUGUAAUUCAAGAUGGUGAUUUAAAUAAGAGCCUCGAGCAUUUCUGCAACGCUAUAGUAGAUGAAUUCGAGGAAGACAUAGUGUCACUAUAUGUUGAUGGUGUACAUAAUAAGAAAAAUGAACUUUGCACAAAAAUGACACAUCUCUGCAAUGAAAGUUAUAUCGGAGAGGAAGAUGACGAUAGCGAUGAUGAUGUUGAAAGUGAUUUUGAUAUAGAUAGAGAUGAAUUGUAAAUGCAUUUGAAAUAAUUUUUACGGAAAUAUAAUAUUUACUAUUUGAGUAGAAAGGGAUAGAAAUUUAGUUGUUUUAUAAAAAAUUCUAUGAAUAAACAUUCCAUGUUUUGUUAUUAA